AUGGGGUCAGAGGGCCAGCAGGACAUCGAGAUGGCCAUCCUCACAGCCCUGCUGAAAGGCACCAACGCGUCGGCUGCAGACCAGCUGAGCUUAGCGCUGGCCUGGAACAGGGUGGACAUCGCAAGCAGCCAGAUCUUUGUCUAUGGACACCACCUGCCACCUGCGAGCGCCCUGUCAGCCACCAGGGCCCCGCCUGUCCAGGAGACCCGGAGGACCUCCUCUGUCGGCCUCCGCUCUAGCAAGGGCAAGGGCAGGGGCAAGAGGGGCCGGGGCAGGAAGGCGAAGCCAGAGCCGCCGGAGGAGACGGAUCCUCGGAAGCUGGAGCUACUCAACUGGGUAAACUCCCUGGAGCAGGCCAUGAUGGACGCCCUGGUGCUGGACCGCGUCGACUUCGUCAAACUGCUGAUCGAGAACGGGGUCAACAUCCACCAUUUCCUCACCAUUCCACGCCUGGAGGAGCUGUACAACACGAGGCUGGGGCCGACGAAUACAUUACAUUUUGUAGUAAGAGAUGUUAAAAAGGGGAACCUGCCACCAGAUUACCAGAUAACGCUGAUCGACAUUGGCCUGGUGCUGGAGCUUCUCAUGGGCGGGGCUUAUCGCUGUAAUUACACGAGGAAGACCUUCCGGACGCUGUACAACAAUCUGUACGGGCUGAAGAGGCCCAAAGCUCUGAAGCUCCUGGGAAUGGAGGAUGACGAGCCACGGCCAAAAGGCAAGAAAAAAAUAAAGAAGAAGGAGGAGGAGAUUGAUAUCGACAUUGACGACCCGGAGGUCAGCCGAUUUCAGUACCCCUUCCAUGAGCUCAUGGUGUGGGCAGUGCUUAUGAAGCGCCAGAAGAUGGCGCUCUUCCUUUGGCAGAGGGGGGAGGAGGCUAUGGCUAAGGCUCUUGUGGCAUGCAAGCUCUACAAGGCCAUGUCCCAUGAGUCGUCUCGCAGUGAGCUGGUGGACGACAUCUCCCAAGACCUCGAAAACCAUUCAAAGGAGUUUGGACAGCUGGCCUACGACUUGCUGGAGCAGUCCUACAAGCAUGACGAGCAGGUGGCCAUGAAGCUCCUCACGUAUGAGCUGAAGAACUGGAGCAACUCCACAUGCCUGAAGCUGGCGGUGGCGGCCAAGCACCGGGACUUCAUAGCUCACACGUGCAGCCAGAUGUUGCUCACCGACAUGUGGAUGGGCUGCCUGAGAUUUGGCAAGAACCCGGGUCUGAAGGUGAUUCUUGGCAUCAUUUUCCCACCCUUGAUUUUGUUCUUGGAUUUUCGUAUUGGAGAAGAGUUAAAAGAAGCGUCUGGAAACAAUGAGGAUGGAAAAGAGAGGGAGGAUGACACCAAAUCCAGCAAGGAUGUCAAUGCUGAUCUGAUAUCCAAAAAGGACGAUGAGGAGGAAGGUGACAGCAAACAGAGGAGAAUUCCCAUUGGAUUGAAGAUUUAUGAAUUCUACAAUGCCCCAUUCACCAAGUUUUGGUUUAACACUAUUUCAUACCUGAUGUAUCUGAUGCUGUAUAAUUACAUAAUCCUGGUCAAGAUGGAGCGCUGGCCCUCGUUGCAGGAGUGGAUAGUCAUUUCCUACAUCAUCACCCUGGGGCUGGAGAAGGUCCGCCAGAUCCUGAUGUCCGAACCUGGCAAACUAAGACUGAAGAUCAACGUGUGGUUGGAGGAGUACUGGAACAUCACAGACCUGGUGGCCAUCUCCACUUUCCUGCUAGGGUUGCUGCUCAGGCUGCAGACAGAGCCCUACAUGGGCUACGGCCGCGUUAUCUACUGUGUGGACAUCAUCUUUUGGUACAUCCGUGUCCUGGACAUCUUUGGGGUCAACAAAUACCUGGGACCCUAUGUCAUGAUGAUUGGCAAGAUGAUGAUCGACAUGCUGUACUUCGUGGUCAUCAUGCUGGUGGUGCUCAUGAGCUUCGGUGUGGCGCGGCAGGCCAUCUUACACCCGGACGAGGAGCCCACAUGGCGCCUGGCGCGCAACAUCUUCUACAUGCCCUACUGGAUGAUCUACGGAGAGGUGUUUGCGGACUCCAUAGAUCCUCCGUGUGGCGAGAACAUGUAUGAUGAGGAUGGGAAGAAGCUCCCCCCCUGCAUCCCCGGCGCCUGGCUCACCCCCGCCAUCAUGGCCUGCUACUUACUGGUCGCCAACAUCCUCCUAGUGAACCUUCUCAUCGCCGUGUUCAACAAUACCUUCUUCGAGGUCAAAUCCAUAUCCAACCAAAUCUGGAAGUUCCAGAGAUACCAGCUGAUCAUGACCUUCAACGACCGGCCAGUCCUUCCUCCCCCCCUCAUCAUCUUCAGCCACAUCUACAUCCUGCUGAAACAUCUCUGCUGUCGAUGCAGGAAGAAGACGGAAGGGGAAUUGGACGAGCGUGAUAAAGGGCUAAAGCUUUCGCUGAAUGCCGAAGAGCUGAAGAACCUUUAUGAGUUUGAGGAGCAGUGCGUGGAGGAGUACUUCCGGGAGAUGGAGGACAAGGAGCAGUCAUCCAAUGAUGAGCGCAUCCGGGUGACGUGUGAAAGGGUGGAGAACAUGUCCAUGCGUCUGGAGGAGGUGAACGAGCGGGAGAACUCCAUGAAGGCCGCCCUGCAGACCGUGGACCUGCGCCUGGCUCAGCUGGAGGAGUUCUCUGGCCGUAUGAUGAACGCGCUAGAGAAGCUGGCUGGGCUGGAGAAGGCGGAACCGGCCUACAUGCACCCAGGGUACCCCUCUGCCAGAGAACCUUCCGGGCUGUUGCGGCACAGCAGCAUCAACAGCGCCGACGGAUACAGCCUCUACCGCUACCACCUGGAGGCUGAGGAUCGCGCCCAGGAGGAGCGGGACGGCGGCGAGAGGCGGAGCUUCCUGGUGCCCGAGAGACAGAGCAGCCUCCUGUGCGCCACCCCAACUAUGUCAGCCAAGGAGUACGGCCAGACGUUAGAUGUCGCCGCCCCGGUGGAAAAGAGACAGCACAGCGCCUCCGUUGAUAUUUUGAUCUCUCCUUGUGAUCAGACGAGCGGCGAUUCUGACAAAUGUAAUGCUGAGCCCUCCAAACCGACGGAGCUCGGCGAGUCGGCGCUGGACGCCAUGCUGGCGAAUGCAGGAGUGACAACGAAGAAGGCUAAACUGGAGGCAGCGGUCUCUUACCCACUGGAGAAGUGUGUGGCAGUGCGCUACUAUCCUUCCGAUUCCUCGAAUGGUGUCCUCUCUUCAAUCAGGAAGUGCCAAAGCAGCAUCAUCCUAAACCUGGCAGGGGAGGAAGACAAGAGCAGCUGGGCCAAGGACUACAGCACCUUCAUGGAACAGGCAAGCGGGCCGUCAUCCUCAGGCCGAUGGGCCCCCUGCUUCGAAUACAAAGUGCAUCCCAGCCUCUUCGGCCGCAUUCCCAAAGUGUCCGUCGUGCGGCAUCCCGCCAAGUCGUCCGCCGACGGUGAGGAGCAGGUGGCCAGGGCCCCAAAGGAAGACAAGAGCAGAACGGAGACGCACAGACACCAAAGCGUCAACGACAGGGACCACCUGUUGGCGGUCGAGGACAGGAUGUACCCACCUCUCAGGUCGAAGAGCUUGAACACCAAGCCCCAGAAGGUGAGAUCUUUGGGGGACAGCAUGGAGAAGCCUAGGGCUGCCUCCAGUGUGAAGGACAUUUGGGGGGCGUGUGAUGGCUCAGUGGGUGAGGGAGUGACAGGUCAUGUGAAAUUAGGCCCAAAAGACGCCAUGAACGCUGAAACCGACUGCUGACAGUGAAUUCACCCACAUGGCACCACAACAGAAGCACAGCGCCAUCUGCAGGUACAGCUCAGCCACAACCAUCUGGUAUCCUCUGUAUAUUAGUCUAAAAUUAAUCAAUAAUUUUCUGUUCUGCUUAGAAAGCAUCAGGGAUGGAUGAACAUCGUUGUGAAGUUAUGUUUCAAUGUAUUAGUUGAGCUGGUAAAAAAAAAUGUAACAACCUACAUUACAUAGUAUAUAUUUUACAUGAUUUAUUCUUAUUUCAGUAACUAGGUUUCAGAUAACUAGGUGGCCGUCACCGUGGCAAACACACUGGGCACUAACAGGAUUGGAACAAGCUCAUACGUACGAUCACAAACACACAAUCACGCUACUCAUAAACCACGGAAACAAAAAAAAAGUAGAAAUCUAUCACAUUUUUAAGAUGAAGCUUGGGUUAAAGUCCAGUACACAAUUAAGAUGCCAUUGGGAAGAGGAAGGAAAGAACAAUAGGGGCCCCUUAACUAAAGCUGCUUGGGCUCCUAAAGAUAGCGAUAGUGCGCCGGGGGGGGG